AUGUUUAUUAGUAUUAUUUCAUAUGGACCAUGGAGCAUAAAAGGGUCCAGUACAAAAUAUUCUAAAGAGUUAGUGUAUGGUGAAAUUGAUGACUCUCAACUCAGCACUAUUUUUUAUCAACUGGGAAUUAAUUAUAAUGAAAGGAGCUUUACCAAACGAAUUCCUUCAGCCAUAAAUUUUAUGCUUGAGCAAUUCAGAGCAGAAACUAAAGUAAUAAUUGCAAUUGGAAAACAAAAUACAAGUACCCUCAUAAUACUGGCACCAUGUUGGAUAAAUUCCAAAAAAAAAAACUCAGUCUUGAACAUUGAUCUGGAGGAAGUGAAUAGGGUGACAGUUUCUAAAAUAAAUGCCAUGGAAACAUACGCACCAACUAUUUUUCCAGAUUCAAUGGAAAUGGGCACACUCACACAACAGAAUAAUUAUGUAACAGAAAUAAGAAAUAUAAACUUUGUUACAAUUAGAAGUCUGAAAAAAUACUACCCAAUUAUGUACAUAAAUUGUUCAAAAAAAGACAUUACACUGUCAAUGGAACAUUCUAAAUAUUGUACACAAUUCUUUGAUGGAUUAAUGAAACACAGUCCUUUUAAAUAUGUGAGCCUUCUGCGAUAUCCAAUCCAGUACGAAAUGAAGAUGGAUGGUGUAGUAAGGAGGGAAAAGAUAAUUAAGUUUUCUAGCAAUGAACAUCGUCUUGGAAAUAUUGUCCUAAUGUGUAGAAAUCGCUCCCAGAACAGAUAUGAAAUUAUUUCCCAAAGUGAAAAUGUUUAUUUGAAAGAAGAAUAUAUUAAACGAGUAGGUGAUUAUAGAUACUAUAGGACUAUAGGAACUUUGACAGCAGCUUCUAGACCGGAAGAUGAUGAUUGGAGAUUUGAAAAAUUCGCCCAAUUACCCACGUAUUAUGAAGCGAUGACAACAUAA